AUGGCCGCGACGGGGCGGGCGGCGGGGCGGGAGCGGGCACUAGAGCCCGGGGCGGGGGCGCUGCUAUUUUUAAUCCAAUGGCGAGUCGUCGGCCCAGCUGCAGCGUCAGGCGGGGCGCUGGGCAGCGGCAGCCGCAGCGCGCCGGGGAGGGGGCGCCGGAGGGGCCUGCACCCGCAUGACUCGGCGACCGGGGCCGAGCCGGGAGCCCCGAGCCCUGGGAGGCGGGACACCCCGCGCCGAGGACCUCUGCUCGCCCACGCCGGCGGCGGCCCGGGGCACCAGCGCGGUGUUUUCGAUCCAGAAUCCUGCCUGGCCAGGGGGCAGCUCCGAGGAGCCCAACACAAAGACUGGGAGUUGUUUAAAAAAAAAAAACCGAAAAGCGGCCACUUCCCCGGAUUGGGAGGGAAGGGUCGGUGCACAAAUCCACAGGGCCUCAAACCUAUUUGCGCCACGCACUUCGUUCUCCGUGACUCUCUAGACCUGUCUAGAUUUCCACAUCCUCAAGCAAGACUUGAGCAGACUUGUAAGUCACAAUUCCAAAUGUGCCUGAUGGAAAUGCAAGGGGCCGUGUGGCACAGAGCGAGAAAUUCAGCACUGUUGCUCUCCUCGACGUCACCCAAGUACUCUCAACCAGGUUUGUUUGGGAUUUAUUCCCACCAGUUCGCCAUCUUCUACGUAGCACCUGUUUAGGUUUAUGGACGACACACGCUCCAAAUACAGGGGAAAACGAUUCGAAAUGCUCGAAACUUGAAGUUUAAUCUUAGACUAAAUGUAAAUUAAAUCAGUGAGGCACUGUUUUUCAUCUUUCAGGCUGAUAAAGAUGUAUUGAGUUAGCCUUAUUGGAGAAAUGGGCCCCCCUGUAUAUUGUUGGUAGAAAUAGCAACGGGAAAUUUUGGAAGGAAAUUUAAUAAUCUCGAUCAUAAUUUUAUUUGCCUAUACUGUUUUCCCUGUAAUUCCUUGUCUAGACAUUUAUGCUACAGAUAAAUUCAGCCACAUAAGAACGUUUGUUGGUGCGCUGUUUAUAGUGACAAUAGGCUGAGAAUGAUGUAGACAACCACCUGUAGAGAGUGAUUAAAAUAAAGUACUCUUGAAAAGAAUGAAUAGCUCUACAUAUGCUAAUAUGGAACAGUCUCAAGUCAUAUUACUGGAUGAAAAUAACAAAGUGUGAAUCAGUGUAUAAAACUGAGGAAAGUGUGCAAGAUUGAUAAUACAUAGGAAGCACUCUAGCACAUCCUAUAUAUCACGGGCCUUCCUUCUGGUUGAUUGUACCUGUGGUAAAUAUUUUUAAUGUUGCUCCUCAAGAUAGACAUGUCCACGUGCUUGCAAGGUUUUUGCCUUUAGAUGUCUCCAGAAGAAUACAAAAGAAACUAUUCACUGUUGGGGAUCUGUGGACAGGAGGUCACAGGAGGAUUUACUACUACUUUUUGCCUUUUUAUACUGUUCAAAUUUUUAUUAUGUGCAAGAAUUAUGUUAAAAAUUAAUGGUUUUUUUCAGAUCAUUAUUUGUUCAGUGUUGGUUUUGGGGACCUUUCUGAAACAAAUCACAUCCUCUCGUGUCUUGUUGGUGCUUGAGAUGCUUUUUUAAGUUAUAUGGA